AGAUAAACAUAAAUUGUCUUUUAAUUUAGAUAUUUAAAUUAAAAAAUAAAUAAAUAAAAUACUCAAUUAUCUAUCACUAGAGAAAGGUAGAUAUUUUUUUUUUUUAACUUUUUUUUGGGUCACGUGAUUGAUGAGGCCCAUUGUGAUUGAGACAGUGGAAGAAGAUGCAGGCAAAAAAAAAAAAAAUGGAAUAGAAAUAAGGCCCAUGUCUGGUAAAGUAGGCAAAUUUUUUUUUUUUUUCUUUUUUGCAUUUACAAAGAGAAAAAGAGAAACUUAGAGAAACAUCAUCUGGACCAUCUGUUGUUCUUUUUCAGUGGUGAAAGUAGUUGAAAAGCAGUCUGUCAAAUGUGAUCUAAUAUUUUAUUACAAUAAAUUUAUAAAACAUGGAAUUUUCAUACAAGAUAUUGUUGUUGAGCUUUGUUGUUACUGUUUUGACUUCAUGCAGUAGCUUACAUGCAGAUGAGGUUACAGAAAAACCAUCAGUUACUGAUGAACAAUUGAGUCAAGCUCUUAAUGAUCAAAGAUUUUUAAAAUUUCAAAUUGCAUGUGCACUUAAUAAAGGUCCUUGUGAUGCUAUUGGCAUUCGUUUGAAAAAACAGGUACCACGUGUGAUGCUUGGUUUAUGUCCUGAAUGCUCAAGUAAAGACCUGAAAGAUAUUAGAAAAUUUAUCAUGCACUUUCAAACAAAAUUUCCAAAGGAAUUUAAGGAAUUGACACAAAAAUUUGUGGCAGGAUAACUAACAUUAACAUUACCAAAUAAAUUUUUUUUUUUUUUCUUAAACAUUUGAAUUAUUUAUACUGUCAAAAACAAUAAAAAAAAAAAAAAAAUUUUACAACAAUUUAAAUUAUACUUUUGAUUUACAAAAAAAAAAAAAAUACUUAAUUUAUUUCUAAAAAUUUGAUAAACCUAUUAAUUAAAUUUAAAUUUUAAAGUAAAAAAAAAAUUCUAUCAUGAAAAAAAAAAAAGAAAAAAUUCAUAGAAAAAUUCAUAGAAACGAAAAUGGAAAAAAAGAAAAAAAAAAAAA